AUGGCAUUCUUGGGCCAUGCUGUGUCUAAGUACGGGAUCAUAGCUGAUCCUAAGAAGAUCGAGGCUAUUAGAGAUAAGGCGAGGCCCACUACUGUGACUGAGAUUCGUAGCUUCAUGGGAUUAGCCAGUUAUUACCGUCAGUUUGUGAAGGGUUUCGCUUCUAUUGCGUCUUCGUUGGCCAGAUUGACUCAGAAGGAGGAGGGUAAAGUCAAUGCCUAUGCUUUCCGACAGUUGAAGAUCAAUGAGAAGAACUACCCUACCCAUGAUUUGGAGUUGUUAGCUGUAGUCUUUGCCUUGAAGAUUUGUAGACAUUAUCUGUACGGAGUCCACCGCAGCCUUCAACAUGUUUUCAGUCAGAGAGAUCUAAAUUCUAGGCAACGUAGGUGGAUGAAGCUUCUGAAAGGUUAUGACAUCACCAUUCUCUAUCAUCCUAGAAAAGCUAAUAUUAGGGCCCAGCAGUUUGAGGAUGUCCAGUUGUGUAAGAUUCAUGAUAAGGUUCCUAGAGGUGAGGCCAAGGAGGCCAUGCUUGAUAGUAAGGGGAUUCUGAGGAUCAAGGGACGCAUGUGCCUUCCUCGUGUUGGUGAUUUGAUUCGUUUGAUUUUGGAGGAGGCCCAUAGUUUCAGAUAUUCCAUUCAUCCGGGUGCUACUAAGAUGUAUCGUGAUCUGAGGCAGCUUUACUGGUGGUGUAGGAUGAUGAAGGAUAUUGCAGAUUUUGUGGCUAAGUGUCUUUCGAAGACCUUGGGCAAGUUUGAUUUAGUUUGGGAAAUCGCUGAUCGGUUGACUAUGUCUGCUCUUUUCAUUCCAGUUCAGGUCACGUAUACUGCAGAGAAGUUAGCCAGGAUUUACAUUCAGGAGCCUCUAGCGAUUCUGGAUAAGCAGGUUAGGAAGUUGAGCUCUAAGGAGAUUGCUUUUGUUAAGGUUCAAUGGAAGCAUCGUCCUAUUGAGGAGGCUACUUGGGAGACUGAUUCUGAUAUGCACGAGAGAUAUCCCCAGUUGUGUGCUGACUCAGGCGCAAAGAAAUGGCAAGUGAUAGUAGCAAGUGCAUUCGUGUUUUGA